UGCAGUUGCAUUAGCAAAGACUAGCCGACAAUGAAACGCAUUAUUGGUCUACAAGCGAGACGCAAGAUGCGUAGUCAACAAGUUCAAAAAUCACAGGUGAAAAAAAUAUGGGACAUUCCGGCGCUUCUAGAGGCGAUACCCAAACUCGGUGCAGUCAUAGAUUUGACAAAUACCGAUAAAUAUUAUAAACCUGAGGAUGUAAAGGCUGCAGGUAUUUUACAUAAAAAAAUCAUAAUGCCCGGUCGAAUUUUGCCACCCGAAAACAAAGUGAAAGAAUUUAUGGAUGCCGUCGAUGAUUUCCUGGGAAAAGACUCUGAUAUCCUGUUAGGGGUGCACUGCACGCACGGAUUAAACCGCACGGGUUACAUGGUGUGCCGGUAUAUGAGAGAUCGCCUCGGAAUGUCCGGAAAGGAGGCUAUUAAAAAAUUCGAAAGAGCACGUGGCUAUGCCAUUGAAAGGAUAGUUUACACAUCCGAUUUAUUGAAGCAAAAUCCCGCUAUUGACAAAGAGCGGACUAACAGCAAAUCGGCUACAAAGAGACGUCACGACUUUGAAUACAGAUCACCUUUAGCUGAAGAGUACGAAACUGAAACAACUAGAAGAAGGUAUCGUUAAUCCUGCAUAAUAUUAGAAAUGAAUUUUGACAUAGAUAAUUUGAAUUUGACUAUCUGUAAAUAUUGGAUAUUAUUUAUUGUGA